GCAAGGUAUCUACAGUACCUUACUCACGAGACCAAAGUCUAAUGGUAGACAAAGCACUCUGUAUGGACAGCGCAGUCGGCAUUAAUUGCAUUUAGGUUCUACAGCAUUUGGAACAUCCCUGCCUGGGAAAGUAUAACCGUGCUACAGUAAACCCGUUGCGACCUGGGGUUGGAGUGGAGGCGGGGUCCCUCAAACUCUGAAACACCUGGGACGAGUCGAGACAAUCCCCAUCCAACAAAGGAAGGAACAGAGCAAAAAAGACCCAGGACAGAAAAUCGAAAAGCUGGCCAGGCGAAAAGCGCAAUUGAAUUUGACAAUUGACGCCAGGCUCAAUUCAGCAUCGGGACAAGACCUUGGCUCUCGAUCCCAACUCCUGGGGAGAGGGCUUUUGUUUGCCUUCAACGUAUAUUUCCAUCGCCAUCGAUCACGACGGGAAUAAUGCGCAAAGCCGCAGCCAGCACAAUCGCAUCAUGGUCUCGAUGAUCAAGCAAUCCGGCGGAGCGAGCCUGGUGCUCCUCCUUCUGGCCCUCUUCGCCACGCUGGCCAGCGCAACACCCGUCCCGGCGCCUCAGCAACCACAAUUCGACCAGCAGCAAUCACUAGGCCCGACGCAAGAGCUGGAGGUAGCCGCAGAGCCGAAGCCACCGAUCCAGGCCCCCUCGCCGGGCAACGGCGACGCGACGGUCGACCAAGACACCGGACAGGUGACCAUUACGAAGCCGCCGGGAGACAACGGGACGGUCUCGAUCCCGAUCCGAGCCAUGAUAUACCACGGGGUCCCGGGACCCAAGGACUGCCGCGGGGGCCCGAUGGGGGUGGUCGAAAUUCCCGGGCCGGGCAAGGCGCUGGCCGGGCAGGGGGAGCGGUGCUACGACCUCGCGGAGACGGCCAACUGCGGAGUCUUCAUGUCCAACAAGGCCGACGGGUGCGAGGCGCGGCUGUUUAGCGACCUGGGCUGUCGCAACGAGGAUUUUGUCAACAUUGUCGUCUUCAUGCCAGAGUAUCGCUCCAUCGGAGGCGUCUGGAAGAGCAUGGGGAUUCGCUGCGGCGUGCCCGAGCCCGACCCGGCCACGCUCGGAGAGCCGCCGCUGGCUCAGUACAUGAAGAAGAUACCAAAGAAGCCCAAGGGGGGAAAGGGACCGGGGGUUAUUCCAGUGCAGCCGACUACUUAGGUUGAUGUGUUUCUAGUCUAGACUUGGUGCUUUAUAAUUGCGAUAGAAUGGACACGUCGAAUGCAAAAUAUUAUUUUUGGCGCCAA